AUGAAGGACUUUGAGUACGACGUCCAGACGAACCGAGUCAUCUUCGGCUCUGGCAGUAUCACAAAACUCCCUGCCGAAAUAAAGCGCCUCGAGGUCUCUCGACCACUCCUCCUUUGCACGCCUGGGAAGCGUCAUCUCGCCGAUCCAUUGUCCGACAUCAUCAAAGAUGCUUCUCUAGAUGUCGCUGGUAUUUUUGCCAACGCCACAGCGCACACUCCGACAUCUGUAACCGAACAAGGAACUGCCUUUCUUGGCUCUGUGUCAGCAGACUGCGUUGUUUCUAUAGGUGGCGGAUCAGUAGUUGGACUCGGGAAGGCCAUCUCCAUCCGUUCAGGCGUACCUCACAUCAGCAUUCCAACGACCUAUUCAGGCUCGGAAAUGACUCCCAUCCUCGGAGAAACGCAAGACGGCAUCAAAACUACUCGGUCCAACCCCAAGAUCCUGCCUGUUGUUGUUAUCUACGAUGUGGACCUCACUUUGACCCUACCGCCUGUCAUUUGCAGUACAUCCGGAGUCAACGCAAUCGCCCAUGCAGUCGAGGCACUCUACGCACAAAAUGCCAACCCCAUCACUUCGAUACUCGCCCUUGAGGGAAUCAAGUCAUUAGCGGAGGCGUUGCCUCAAAUUGUGGAAAGCCCCGACUCUAAGGCUCCUCGAGAUCAGGCUCUAUAUGGCGCAUGGCUUUGCGGCACAGUCCUAGGCAACUCAUCAAUGGGACUUCAUCACAAAAUCUGCCAUGUGCUCGGUGGAUCGUUCGGACUACCUCAUGCUGAAACGCACACUGUCAUGCUUCCCCAUUCCCUGUCUUAUAAUGCACCCUGUAUCCCUGACCAGAUGGCCAAACUAGCUGCUGUUCUCCCCGGAAGCAAUGGGGAUGCGUUGAAAGGAUUGGAGGUACUGUUCAGCAAGCUGCCAGUACCACGCGGAUUGGAUGAGUUGGGAAUGGAAGAAAGUGAUAUUGAAAGGGCAACUCAGAUUGCCACAAGUAGACAAUACCCGAACCCACGCCCUUUGGAGUUCAAAUGGAUUUCUGAACUACUGCGGCGGGCUUGGGCUGGGGAGUCUGCAGAAGCAACCUUACAGUAG